AUGGACGGUGUGGACAGCUCCAAACUCCACUUUAAGGCUCUGCCCCACACUAUGGACCAGCCACCUAAAGAUAUGGCGUGCUGGCGAGCCCAUAUGAACGUCAUUCAACAUAUUGUCAAUAAUGGUAUUUCCUCAGCCCUGAUUAUGGAGGAUGACGCCGAUUGGGACGUUGCAUUAAAGCUUCAACUUGUUCAAUAUGCGCGCGGCUCUCGCUAUCUACUUUUCUCGUCUCCUGAGGAGAUGCCCACUUCCCCAUAUGGCGAUGGCUGGGACUUUUUCUGGCUCGGUCAUUGCGGAGCUUGGUUUGACGAGCUUGACACACGCCGCUUCGUUAUCCAUCAUGACCCGACUGUUUUACCGCCCAAGAACCGCCAGUACGCUGGCCACCCUGACAUGUCGCUUUGGGAACGGCAGGAUGCUGAUAAUCGCACCCGCAUUGUCUAUAAAUCCGAAGGAGGCGUUUGCGCAGCUGCCUAUGCCGUCUCUUUACGUGGGGCACAGAAAAUCUUAUAUCAUAUGAGCAUGCUCCCUUAUAAUAGGUCGGUGGAUUGGGGUUUCCAUGAUAUGUGUAAGGAUAGGAAAUCAGACUUUAACUGCAUUGCGACCUAUCCAGCACUCUUCGGUGUGCAUGAACCUGCUGGCAACACCAGCAAGUGGAGUGAUAUAGGUCAUGGUACCGACGAAUCACAAAGCCGGGUCGAAGAGCGGCCUAGUUCGAAGAACCUCGCUUUCUCAGCAAGAAUGAAUAUUGGCAGGCUGCUGAGUGGUACAACAUUAUUCGAAAGUCAGUUUCCUGAGGCAACGGGUGGCGAGAUGGAUAUCGCGGACAUCGGUAGAGGAAUUGGACAUCCAGAGGUUCUGCCAAAGAUGGCGGUUGUGGAAGGCUGA